UUGAGACUUCUACCGACUUCAAGAUGGCUGCGUACAGGAGAGGUUUGACGCAAUCGUUGCGAAGAAUUUAUGUAAUCAAUUCCACUCGAGUUGCCAAUGGUAGAGUGCAGUCCGAGCCAACAGCAGUGCGAGGCAUUCACAUUCUUCAGUCUGUAAAUACAACCACACAAGGGAACUCCAAACAGCUUCUACAAAGAUGGGCUCCGACACCUAGCAUUCAGCAAGCCAGGAGUAUGUUCAUUCAGACCCAGGAUACCCCUAACCCUAACAGCCUCAAGUUCAUACCAGGCGUCCCCGUCCUAGACCAGGGAGGGACGGUAGACUUCCCCAGUGCCAGGACAGCUCACAACUCGCCUCUUGCAAGACUGCUAUUUCGCAUUGAUGGUGUCAAAGGCGUCUUCUUUGGCUCGGACUUCAUCACCAUCACAAAAGUCGACGAUGACACCACGGAGUGGGCCGUCUUGAAACCGGAGAUCUACGCCACCAUCAUGGAUUUCUUCACCAGCGGGCUACCGGUGAUGACUGACGAACAGCCAGCGGCAGAUACAGAGAUUCAUGAAGAUGAUGACGAGACGGUUGCAAUGAUCAAAGAGCUUCUAGACACACGGAUCAGACCCACGGUACAGGAGGAUGGUGGAGAUAUCGUAUACAUGGGUUUUGAGGACGGCAUCGUUAAGCUCAAGAUGCAAGGAGCCUGCACCAGCUGCCCCAGCUCGGUGCUGACACUGAAGAGUGGUGUACAGAACAUGCUGCAGUUCUACGUGCCAGAAGUCAUCGGAGUUGAACAGAUUGAGGACGAGGCUGAUCACGUCACCAGCGAGGAAUUUGACAAAUUGGAGAAGAAACUUGGGGAGGAGCCGACAUGAGCUUGAAGACUGAUGAGGGUUUGGUGAGGAGCAGAAAUUGGACUUCACUCUGUUGGGCACAGUUAUCAUCCCGUCAAUCACAAGUCAAAUCACAAGUCAAAUCACAAGUCAAAUCACAAGUCACUGAAACGCACAAUGUCAAAGAAAUGCCUUUGUUACAAUUUAUAGUUAUUUUGAAUAGCUUGGUAUUUUAAACCUUGGACCAAUUUCAUGGCUCUGCUUACCACAUAAUUCCGCGCUUACGAUCACCAUUCUGUGCUAACCACGCCACGCUAGCGGAACAAUUCUGCGCUAACCCUGUAAGCACACAGUCCUUAUUUACGGGAUGUACGCAUGCGCACAAGCCAAAACUCCUUGCUAAAGCGUGAAAUCCGCUUAUCGUAAGCACGGAAUUGUCUGCUAUAGUAAGCAGGGAUUUUUCGCUAACUGUAAGCAGAGUCAAGAAAUUGGGCCCAGGUGACUUGUGACCGACAUGUGGUGAGCUGUGACUGCCUCGAUUAUAACUGCUUUUGGUAUGAAUGACUAUGUCAUCUAGGGCUGUCCUAAAUAUAUUGAAUAUUCAAAUAUCCGAUCAUCAACUGAAUAUUCGAAUAGCUGUUUGCCAGUUUGAAUAUUCAAAGAAAAAAAACUGCACACACACAACUGUGAUGUUAUUUUACUCGUAAAGUUGCGGCGCUUUAUUGUCAGAUGCCAAAGGCGAGUCAAUUACUUUUAAAAUAUGUCGAUAUACACAUGAUAAUCUUACAACUUCAACAUGCACAUGCAACUCUCAAUCAGCGGCCCAUAAUAUCGAUCACUGCAUGGAAAUUUAACCCGGCGUGUUUUGCGUGCAACUUUUGAUCGGUGCGGCACACACUUGUAGCUGCCACGUUAAAACUUGAUCGGUGAGUUUCAAAUAUUUGGUCAAAUGCACUUUGGAAUAAUCAAAUACUAAAUUAUUCUAAAAUGGACAGCCCUUAUGUAGUCGUGUUUUCGUUAACAACCUAUAUUAUUUGAGACUUCCGUUUGCCAUCCAAUGCAUCCAAUGGAGAGUUCAUAUUUGUUCAAACUUCUCAAUGCACACCUGCAGUAUUUGUAACAAUAUAACUUGUUUAAAGUGCCAGGCAUGCUACCGUGCUACUGCUAGUCAAAUGUUACUGGUUAUGUUUUCUUGCUGGCUGAUGUUUCCACAUGGUGUCACAUAUUCAUUACAUGUUGAAGGCAAUAGAUCUCUCUCAUAGGACGUCAUCUUCAUUUGAAAAUUACAACCGUGUAUCCAAUGCAAUCAGGUGUGUAUGCGCGCAGUGUGCAAAAUGUUCUUAACAUGCACGCUUGUUGCUCAAAAUGCGGGGCAGCUGAUGCACAUCACAAAAUUUCGACGCCAAAAAUGCCGAUGCACGUGGCCAAUCUGUUGGAAGUAACGUCAUUUGAGAGAGACCUAUAUAGCCUUGUGCUUUGGUGCUGAAAAUUCAAGAACUUGUUAGAAUGUUGGCUUAUAUUGGGUGUGAGUCCAGCUAAUGGAUUGAAUCAAUUGUGGAACCCAUAGAGCUGAGGUUAUUAUAGCAAUGAUUUAUUUGCCUUAAGAGCAGGGUAAUAAUUAGUUAUCAGUUUUUGCUCAUGUGUAUACUUUGUAAAUACAAAAGAACGGAAUUGACAAACGAUCCUUAUGAAACACCACUUUCGGGAAAUUGACCAGUGAGGUCUAUUGUAAAAAAAACAACCUUUUUUAAUCUAAAAUGUAUUUCAUUUACGUGUUCUACUAUAGGCAUUCUUUAUAAGAUUGUUAUUAUUGUAUAAAUGAUCUUUAUUUAUCAGAUUGUUAUUGUAAAGAUUAUCAUUAUCAUUGAUACAUCACUUGCUACACAAACAAAAGACUUGAGACCCAAUGACGUCACACUUUGUUUACAUGUGCGCUUUCUGAUGGGAGCUUGGUUGCUCUCGUCCCUCCUGGCCCCCAUAGGAAAGCGCACAUGUAAACAGAGCGCGACGUCAUUGUCUUUCAGGUCUAUUUCAUGUAGAUUUUGGAGUCAAGUCCUGUUCCGAGGCUGAGAGGUAAACUGAACUGAAUUUUGUUGGUGGUAUGUAGAAGAAAUUAAGCACUGAAUGUAUGACUGCACAGUCCGUGUACCCAAUACAUGUACAUGUAGUUGGAAUCACAUUUAGUUAACGUAAUCUCAGCUUGAUGUCUUCUUCUUGUGGACUUGGACUUGAUUUGCAAUGCUGGAGCGAUGGCGUCAUGUUCUGAUUUUCCACAGAAGCUUUAAAAUCAGUUGUUAAUCAGUAAAUGUGUGGCUGAAGCAAUGAUUAAAAUAAAAGUGGAGUCAUUUUUAUUUAAUUUGGGCAGUCUAGCUGCCUAGAGGAGUAAUGAUGUGAUUAUUGAAGAAAUAAAGAGAAACAAAAUGGAACAGAAAGAUUUUA